AUGAACGGAUUCGAAUGGCGAAAAAUCCAACACGAUUUUCAUAUUAUCUCCACAACUUUCGCAAUCACUUUUAACAUUUUCCUCAUUAUUCUCAUCAGUACGAGAUCUCCAAAAACAAUACGCUCCUAUAAAUAUCUGCUUAUGGGAGUGUCGAUUUUUGAAAUCUUUUUUUCGUCUGUAGAAAUUAUCGCCACUCCAAUUGUUCACUCUUUUCAUACGAUUGUUGUAGUUCUUACAGUAGUUGGAGACUGGCCUAGACUACUUAUGCGAAUUUUGACAAGCACUUACUGCGGAAGUUUUGGUUGUUUCCUUGCAAUGUUUGCCAUGCUUUUUGUCUAUCGUUAUUACGUAGUUAGUGGAAAUUCAAAAGUCAAAUAUUUCGAAUCGUGGUAUCUUGUUCCACUGGCUGCCAUUGUAUUAUUCUGCGGUUUCAUAUGGGGUGCUAUAGGAUAUCUUAUGUUUGGUCCAAGUGAAGAAAUCGAUGAGUUCAUCAGGUUAGACUUGUACGAGGAACUUGGCUUACAUCCUGAAAAUAUCGCAUAUGUUGCUCCUCAUUUUUAUCUUAUCAACGAAGCUGGUGAGAAGGUUUGGAACUGGGAUUGUAUCAUUGGAAUGAGCGGAGUCUGCACAAUUGUGAACAUCACCGUAUUUUUCAUUUUUCGAUAUGGUAUCAAAACGUAUCGAUUUCUCCAGAAAAUGUCAAUAAAGCCAAACAUAUCGGAAAAAGCGAGAACAAUGCAAAAACAAUUAUUUUAUGCACUGGUUAUCCAGGCUUCAGUUCCGUUAGUACUAUUACAAUUGCCACUGGUUAUACUAUUUAUUUUCUCACUUUUAAAUAUCCAUUUGGGACAGAUUGCAGGAAUCCACACUUUUACGAUUUCGCUAUUUCCAGCCGUGGAUCCUUUGCCGACGAUUUUUGUUAUUAAAGCUUAUCGGUUGACAAUUCUGGGUAGGGACGCUGCCGAAAAUGUAUAA